AUGAAAACUAAAUAUCGAAUCUUUAUUUCAUCAAUCGACGCAUUUGGUCACAUCAAUUGUACAUUGGGUUUUGGCGAGCUUCUUGCUCAAGCAGGACAUGAAGUGACAUUUGUUCAUCGUUUACAUCAUGCAGAAAUUUUUAAAAGUCAUGGUUUCAAUUUUAUCCCCUUUGAUGAAUCAAUCUUCAGUGCAUCACCUUUAAGUACUUUUUUAAAAUGGGUUGAAGUAAACUUGAAUAAAUUCCGAGCAGAUGCCUUGACACGCUACGCUGGCUGGUCUGAUGAGGAUAAGAUAGUGUUUGCAUCAAUGUUGGACGGAAACGAGACGAUUAAUAUAGCACUUGAAAAGAUAUUGGAAGAGCACAAAGAUUCCUUUGACAUCUUCAUUGGUGACUUUGUAACUCGUUAUCCUGCUCUUUACAAGCUAUCCAAACCUUAUAUACCAUUAUUUUCAAUGAAUCCUCUGUCGCUUUAUUCUGAAGGGCCGCCGCCAUACUCAGGAUAUUCCGUUAACUUUGACCAACGAAAGGCUCGCCAAUUCAUGGAAACUUAUUAUGAUGCUAUUACAAGAUUUGAAGAGAAGGCGAUUGCUUGGUGGGAAUCAUGCAAGGUACCAAGUAUACCAAAAGAAGCUAGUUUUAUAGAUGAACCCAAACAUUUUGGGUUUUAUCAUUAUCCUGAAGGCCUUGACUAUAGAGAGUGUGGACCUAAAAUAUGUGAUAAAUGGAUUCGAGUUGAUGCAAGUAUACGUCAAUCAGAUGGUCCGCAAGUAUUUACAAUUCCUGAGUCUUUGGCAGAUUUACCAGGAAAAUUGAUUUUCUUUUCACUUGGUUCACUUGGAUCAGUUGAUGUUGAUUUGAUGAGAAAGUUGAUUGAUAUUUUAGCCAAAUCACCGCAUCGUUUUAUCGUCUCAAAAGGACCAAGAGGUGAUGAAUUAACUCUUGCACCCAACAUGUGGGGACAGAAUUAUGUUGACCAAAUCCCAAUCUUGAAAGCUGUUGAUAUGGUGAUUACUCAUGGUGGUAACAAUACAUUUAUGGAGACACUUUAUUUUGGUAAACCAAUGAUUGUAAUUCCUUUUUUCUUUGACCAAUUUGAUAAUGCUCAACGGGUUGUUGACUGUGGCAUUGGUAAACGCUUGAACAGCUGGGAUCUCGAUGAAAAUUUACUUGAUGCCAUUGAGGAAACACUGGAUAACUCUGAGUUUAAAAAGAAGAUAAAUGAAAUAUCAGUCUCUAUGAGAUCAGCUGACAGUAAAAAGAAAGCUGUUGAAAUGAUUGAAAAUCUAUUGGCAAAAUGUACUCAACUGUCAGCGAAUCAAGCUUAA